CCAGUUUCCCUAUCUUGGUAACAAACCAGAACUGCAAAAAAUUUAAAAAGCCAGAUAGAGAGAGAGGACAUUCCACAAAAAAACAGUAUGGCUUUUGCAAUGCAAAGCUUUAUGAAAGCAAGCAGACAAAAAGAUCGCCCAAAUUAAACUUCACUUCCCUCACUCUUUCUCCCUCUCUCCCUCUCUCUCUUUCUCUCUGAAACCCUAAUCAUCUCUUCUUCAACACUCCUUAAUUAACAGCAGCUCGCCUCGCCUAAAUCUUCAUUUUCUUCUUCGCCAUUGGCUUGUGUUCAAUGGCUGCUCGUUCGCCGGAAAAUGCAUAUUCGUUCGCCUUCCAUGCUCCGGCGAGGGCUUUUCCUCCAUCACCAGUUACAAUGCAGGUGGUCUAGUAGAUCAGAAUUUUCCGCGUUGGCUCCGGCAAUGUUCGCCGGGAAAGGAGGCGGCUUCUUCGAGAGGAUCAAGCGAUGUGUGCGGACGGUUUACUUCGUGGUGUGUAUGGUGGCGUCCCUUUUCUUUCUCUCUGCACCUCUGCUUGUCUCUUUUGGAGACGUCCUCAUUAAUUCUCUGCUCCUCUCGAGCUUCGCGUGCGUGAGGUGUCUUAGCUUCAGAGAGUACUUGCAGAGAUACGAUUUCACAACUGCCUUGAUUGACAUUCCUUUGGUUUCAAUCGCCAGAUCUCUCGUGAUUAUUUGUGUUUAUUCUUUCUGCAAUGGCCCGAGGCUCUCACAUGGGCCCUAUCUUGGAAUCACAUGGCUCUGCUCCUUUCUUUCCAUUCUUGUUCUCUCAGUGAAAGCUUGCGUUUUUACAUCAGAUUCUAAAACUGAGAAUGGGGCACCAUCUUCAUUAGUAACGGAGGAAUUUCACUUGAAGAAAUUGUGGGGGAUGCCAUUUUUAUUUCUUGUAUCAAUCAUAUUUGGUCUUGGCCAUAUUGCGGUGGCUUAUAGAACAAGCUACAGAGCACGGAGGAAACUCCUGUUUCAUCGAGUUGAUCCCGAAGCACUUCUAUCCUGCAAACAUAUUUUUUCUGGCCAUCAGAAAAUCCCACGAUCUCCAACCCCGACUGCCGGAAAAACUCCAAGAUGCAACAGCGAGAUUAGACGAAAACUAUUUUGCACAGUUCAGGAUGAACAAGAGUUUUCAGUUAGACCAUUUGCAGACACAGACAGUUUAUUCAUAGUUUGCCAAGGGCUUACGCUUCAUUACAAGCUUGGCCUUCCUGAGUCAUCGUCUUUGUCUUCUCCAUAUUUUGUCGUCUCUUCCUUAAUUAAACCCAAUACGAGUUGCAGGUUGCCACAAAGGACCCAUGGCAUGCUUAAACUUGAUAAGCCACCUCUGGGUAUUCUGCCUAAAGCUCAGUAUCAUCGUCAUAAGAGUUUUAAUAAUCAAUUAUCUGAUACCUUGUGUACUCCGCUUCUAGAUUUUCCUGUGAAUUUGCCUGCUUAUUUUUCUGAGAAAACUUCUGUCAUGAGCUGCACUGAUUUUGGUGGUGGCAAUGAAAAUAUUUUGAACAAUGCCAAUUUGGAGGGGGCUUUGGGGAGAAAUGGAAAGUUUGGCAUCAUUUUAGUGCAUGGCUUUGGAGGAGGUGUGUUCUCAUGGAGGCAUGUGAUGGUUGCACUAGCACGCCAGGUUGGUUGCACAGUUACUGCUUUUGAUCGGCCUGGUUGGGGAUUAACUUCUCGGCCAUGCAGGAAGGACUGGGAAGAGAAAGAACAGCCUAACCCCUACAAGCUAGAAAGUCAGGUUGAUCUGCUUAUUUCAUUCUGUCUGGAGAUGGGAUUUUCUUCAGUAGUACUUGUUGGUCAUGACGAUGGUGGCUUGCUUGCUUUGAAAGCUGCACAAAGAAUUCAAGCAUCUUCAAAUUCUUUCCAUAUAGAAAUCCGAGGAUUGGUACUGCUAAGUCUAAGCUUAUCAAGAGAUGUUGUUCCUCCCUUGGCUAGGAUCCUCCUACGCACUUCCCUCGGAAAGAAGCACUUGGUUCGUCCUCUGCUACGGACAGAAAUUACUCAAGUGGUUAAUCGACGUGCAUGGUAUGAUGCCACCAAACUAACAAUGGAGGUUUUAAAUCUUUACAAGGCACCACUAUGCAUAGAAGGCUGGGAUGAAGCACUAAAUGAGAUAGCCAAGUUAUCAUCCGAAACAGUUUUAUCCUCACAAAAUGCAGCAUUAUUGCUUAAAGUAGUAGAAGAUUUGCCCGUUUUGAUCAUCACGGGAGCUGAGGAUGCUGUCGUCUCAUUAAAAUCUGUGCAAACUAUGGUCUCAAAGCUUGUAAAUUCUAGAUUAGUCACGGUAUCUGGAUGUGGGCAUCUUCCUCAUGAGGAGUGUCCUGAAGCUGUGCUCGCUGCUAUAUCACCUUUCAUAACUAGACUCUUGCCAGCUCCAGACCCUCAACGAAGCUCGCAGAAACCAUAAAGUAUCUACCAUAUGCUUUCAAGUCCGUUUUUCUUCCCCCUUUUAUUUUCCUGGUGUCAUUUUAUUUACAUGAGAGGAGUCAAAAUGCGGCUCUUUAUUCGAGUUUUUGAAUAUUUAUUAUGAGCCAAUCCACAGUUCUCCGUGGAUGGAUGACUCACUUGUAUAUAAAUUCAUUUAUUACGUUCUUCCUUUCUUUCUAA